AUGAGUCUUGAUCUGCCGCCAAUUCUGCAGUACUUCUUGUCAAAGCCCGCCAGUAUUGACGUAGCGGACGCCACCGAGAAAGAUGUGACGGAUAUUGAACGACCGCCAUGUGGGCCUGAAAUUGCCAUGCAGACCGCGUGGGCCAUUGUCCUCGGAGCCGAUGCAAAAUCCCUAGCCAGAGACAGUCACUUCUUCAAGCUCGGCGGCGACGCUUGCAAGGUCUUUUCCCUCUGUAGGCUCUGCGGCGCAAAUGGCGUCCAGUUGACCCCCAGAGAUGUCUACACUCACCCGGUGCUCAAAGACGUCUCGGCGCUGCGGCAAAACAACAGCUACCGGGCCAACGGGCAGACGGGGCUCACCAAACUCGCCGCAAAAAAUGAGAUGCGCUCCUAUGCUUCCAGGGUCUGUCAGGUGGACGAGGGCAGCAUUGUCGACAUUCUGCCCUGUACGCCCCUCCAGGAAGGCCUGCUAGCCCUCACCGGCAAAGACCCGGGGGCUUACGUGGCCAGGAUGAAGUUCCGAAUCGACAAGUCCAUUCACCUCGACAGGCUGCGAGAUGCGUGCAACCAGGUGGUGGUCAUGAACCCCAUCCUCCGCACAAGAAUGGUCAGCAUACCUGGACAUGGAAUCGUCCAGGCUGUCCUGGCCGAGGAAGCACACUGGGAGAGCGAGGCUGCCCAAGCCAAGCCGCCCAUGGGGCUGGGCACGAGACUCACCAGCUUCCAUAUGCUGCCUCGCGGUGCUGACGGAGAGGGCGUGCUCCUGUGGGAGAUGCAUCACGCCAUCUACGAUGGGUGGUCCAUGGACCUGAUGCUCCGCGAGGUGGAGCAGGUAUACGGCCAAAGUGGUGAAUUGCAGCACCUGCACGCCAUGGACGACUUUCUCGACUACGUUUCCGGGGUGGACGAGAGGACCAAGUCGGAGUUUUGGCAAAGCCAGUUUUCCGAGAUCCAGGGCGCUCAUUUCCCCGCGUGGGAGGCCGGGACCCCCAGCCCUGCGCCCGACUGUCGACUUGAGAUUACAGUCGACCGUCUGAAAUGGAGCGGCGUCGAGUACACGCCCACCAUCUUGCUGCGGGCUGCGUGGGCCGUGGUUGCGGCGUCCUGCACCGGCGCGAACGAGGCCAUCCUCGGCGUCACCGUCAACGGACGCCAGGCUCCGGUCGGCGGCAUCGAGGUCAUGGUGGGCCCGGCCAUUGCCACCUUUCCGGUCCGGAUCGGAGUCGACGCCGACCAGCAUGUCGACGCCUUUCUGCAAGGCAUACAGCGCCAGUCUGCUGACCUAAUUCCCUUUGAGCAGACCGGGCUGCAGUACAUACGUCGCGUGAGCGAGGAAGCCGGCUUGGCCUGCGACUUCCAGACGCUUCUGAUUGUCCAGUCAACCGGCGGCGCUGGCGGAGGACGGCGUGGUGACCAAGACGCCGGCAGCCCCUUGCUUCCCGAGAUUGACGACGAGACGAGCACGAAUGCCUGGCGAGACUUUAGUACGAAUGCCCUGAUUAUCGAGUGCAACGUCGAGUCUCGGUCGGCGCAUAUAUUCCUCGACUUUGACAGCAGCCUGAUAUCGCGGGACGAGGUGCGGCACGUCGCGGGGAACCUGGCUGCGGUGCUGCGCCUGCUCUCCGACGAGAGCCACUACUCGCACAGGGUGGGUAGCAUUGCAGCUGAGACCCAGACUCCCUUUGGGCUGCAUCGGAUCUGGGGCUGGAACCAGCGCGUGCCACCGGCGAGGCAUGCUUGCAUACACCAUCUGGUUGCACAGCGUGUGCAGCAGCAGCCCUCGGCCCCGGCGGUGUGCGCCUGGGACGGCGACUUGACCUACAGUCAGCUGCACGACUUGUCCGGCAACCUGGCGUCCAGGCUUGUUUCCAUGGGCGCGGCGGGGACCUUUGUCCCUCUCUUUUUCGAAAAGUCCAUGUGGAUGCCCGUUGCCGCCCUGUCCGUCAUGAAGGCCGGAGGAGCCUGCGUAGCGUUUGACAUGACUCUACCCGAGGAGAGGUUGCGAUCUCUUGCCGCGCAGAUCCCCUUCCGCCUCGCCAUCUCGUCCGUCGAGAACACCGGUCUAGCAAAGAAGCUGAUUGCCGAAGACGUGGACAUGCUGGUUGUGGGACCUCGGAGCCGCAGCGUAGCCCCUCCGGAGCAAGUUGUCGAGUUGCCCUCGGUGCAGCCCAGCCAGACGCUCUAUGUCGUCUUCACAUCUGGCAGCACAGGGACACCCAAGGCCGCCAUGAUAUCGCAUCAAAACUUUUGCUCUGCGAUUGCACACCAGCAAGAACAUCUGCUCUACUCGGAGAAGUCUAGGAUCCUCGACUUCUCAUCGUACGCCUUCGACGUCACGUGGGCCAACCUGCUGCAUUCCUUCACCACUGGAGGGUGCAUCUGCGUCCCAUCUGCGUUUGAGCGCGAAAACCAACUGGCCGAAUCCAUCACCAAGUACCGCGCAAACCUCGUUGACAUGACAACUUCGCUGGCGAGGAUGCUAGGCCCGGACGUGCUGUCCAAGCUGGAUGUGCUUACUUUGGGGGGGGAAGCCGUGCAGCCAACGGAUGCCCUUCUCGCCGGCAACGCGACAACCAUCAUCAACGCGUACGGACCGGCCGAGUGCACGACGAGCGUCACUUGCGGAAAAGUCAGGCUGCCCACCAUUACGAUCGGCCGGGGCAUAGGUGUGUGCACGUGGGUGGUGAAUGCCCACAACCCGGAGAUGCUGGUCCCUCUUGGGGAAGUCGGCGAGCUCUGGAUCGAGGGGCCUCUCGUCGGUCAGGGCUACUUUAACAAUCCGGAAAAGACUGCCCAGUCAUUUGUCGAGAGCCCUAGGUGGCUGCUCCGUGGGACGACGGACCAGGAGGGACGAAGGGGCUGCUUGUACCGCACCGGGGACCUGGUUCGCUAUCUGCCGUCGGGAGAGCUUGUUUUCAUCGGCCGCAAAGAUACGCAGGUCAAGAUUCGCGGACAGCGCGUGGAGCUGGGCGAGGUGGAAUAUCAGGUCUCUGAGAGCAUGAAGCUGUACAAGGGCGACGACAUCAGAUCAGUGACGGUCGUGGUGGAGAGCAUUCGCCCAAAGUCAAGCUCUGGCCCGGUUCUGGUGGCGCUCGUCUCUCUGGAAUGCCAGACGGGGGAGAUGGAGCAAGGCGAGCUUCAGGCCCGGGUGCAGCAUCUGGCUUCAGCGAGCAGCGAGAACCUCAGCUCCAGAAUCCCCGUCUACAUGGUGCCGGUUGCGUACAUUGCGGUCGAGGGAAUCCCGCUGACACCCUCGGGAAAGCUGGAUCGGCGCAAGAUCGUCAGCAUUGCCGAAUCAGCGUGGAACGGCAAUCGAGGGCAACCAAGAAGCGUCACGGAGCAGUCCGUCGUCCACGAGACUCUGACCGAUACGGAAAAGGUACUUCAACAGAUCUGGAUGUCGGUACUCAACCUACCCGCGGAAGAGGUGUCAGCUUCCAAAGCCUUUACCAGGAUCGGCGGUGACUCCAUCUCGGCCAUGCAGAUCGUGGCUCAGUGCCGGCAGCGCAACCUGGCCACGACGGUCAGAGACGUCCUGGAGGCGGGCUCGAUACGAAGCCUGGCGGGGCGGUGCAAGCCGAUCUGCCAGAAAGCGUUGCUGCUCGACUCGGCGGCUGAAGACCAGGAAGAGCGGGUGGACGAGCCCUUUGACCUGUCGCCCAUCCAGCAGCUGUUUUUCACGGAAUUCCCCGACGGCCUGAACCACUUCAACCAGUCCUUUGUGCUGGAGCUCGGCAAGAAGGUGGCAGGAGAGAGCAUCGCAGCGGCCGUGCAGGAUUUGGCGGAGCGUCAUUCCAUUCUUCGCGCGCGGUUUCAUCCCCCAAGGGGCGAGACGGGGUGGACGCAGAGCAUCUCGGCGAGCGGACCUGGCUCGUUUGCCUUUGAGGAACACUCCGUCUCGGGACAGGACCAGGUGACACAGCUGUCGCAGUGGCGGCAGGAGAAUUUUGACAUCAGAAGCGGGCCGGUCUUCGCCUGCGACCUGUUCAACCUGCCGGACGGGUCGCAGCUUGUGACACUGUCGGCCCAUCACCUAGUCGUGGACCUCGUGUCCUGGAGAGUCAUCUGGGCCGACCUUCAAGAUCACAUUGAGCAGGGGAAGCUCGUCUCCGCGCCCACGGUGUCGUGGCGCUCCUGGAUACAAGAGCAGAUCAGGGCCAGCCGCCACCUGUCCCCCAUGGACGUGCUGCCGUUCAGCGUGCCCCCAGCCAACGUGGGCUUUUGGGGGCUCGACGCUGCCGACGACACAAUGGCCAAUAGCAGCGUCGCCGCGUUGCACGUCUUCGACUCCCUCGUCACCAGCCUCCUCUACGGACAAGCCAACGAGAGCCUGCGCACGGAGCCCAUUGACAUCCUCCUCGGCGCCAUGGUCCACUCCUUCGCCGAGGCCUUUCCCGAGAGGGACCCGCUUGUCCCCUGGAUCGAGGGUCACGGCCGCGAGCAGAUGCAAAGCCAUACCGACGUCUCGGGAACCGUCGGCUGGUUCACCACCAUCUGCCCCGUUCCAGUGGCCGUCACGGCGGGUGAUUCGGUCCUUCACGCCAUCAGGCUGGCUAAGGACACGCGCAGGGCCAUACCGGGCAAAGGCCUGCCGUACUUUGCCUGCCGCUUCUACAGCCAGUCCGGGCGUGAGGCCUUCCGCCAUCACGACCAGUGCGAGGUGACGUUUAAUCUCACCGGUCGGUUCCAGCAGCUCGAAGCAGACGACGGCCUGUUCAGGUACUCGCCGCAGAUGAGGGGCGAUGCGGAAAGCGUGUCCGUCAUCGCGGGCAGCGCGCGACGUCCCACCGUCAUCGAGAUCAACGGUGACGUCGAGGGCGACAUGCUCACCGUCAGCUUCCAGACAAAUCGAAACAUCAGACACGGCGACCGGCUGAGGCGCUGGGUCGCGGCGUUUGGCCGCGAGGUGGAAAGCGCCGUGGAAGAGUUAGCCCGGUCGCGGCCUGCUCUUACACUCGGCGAUGUGCCGCUGCUGCGUGUUCCGUACGAGGGCUUUGACCGGUUGAUGAGAGAGCAGCUGCCUGGCUUGGGAAUACGGCCAGACAACGUCGCCGACCUAUUGCCUUGCUCGCCGCUCCAGGAGGGAAUCUUGCUGAGCCUGGACAAGGAGGAUGCCUCGUACGACACCUCCUCCAUCUGGCGCUGUGUAGGCAAAGACGGGGCCACUACCAUCGAUGGGGAUGCCCCUGUCCGGAUGGAGACGGCCUGGAGGGCGGUGGUCAAGAGACACACGAUCCUGUCGACGGUCUUUGCCCUCCAUCCCGAAGGAAAGGGGUACUUGCAGGUCGUUCUGCGAGAGGUUCAAAGCCAAGUCGCAACACGUAGCUCUGGCGCAGAGGCGCCGGAAACGGUCCUCGGCCGCGCAGAAUCCCCGAGAUUUGCCUCGAACGAGCCCCAGCACGCCUUUACGAUAUGCAGGUCUGAUAGCGGAGACAUGGCGUGUCGCCUUGACAUCAACCACGCCCUCAUCGACGCCGUGUCCAUGUCCGCCAUACUGCACGACCUGGUCUGCAUCUACCACGGCAUCACCCCUGCUCCCGCGCCUCCGUUCAGCGACAUGAUGCGCUACAUAUGCAGUGUGCCAACUGCCCAGAGGCUGGCACCGUGGGCAUCCAUGCUCGCGGGCGUGAAGCCCUGCGAGUUUCCCAUCUCCAACACGCUCGAUUCCGAUGUGCUAGACGGGACUCGUAGCAACACCUCGAGCGACGUAUGGGCCCUUGACUUGCCGGGCGAUGGACCAACCUCCCUCUGCAGAGCCGCUGGCGUCACCCGAGCCGUCUUCUUCCAGGUAGUCUGGGCAAUGACCCUGGGACCUGCGCGAGCCUCACGAGGGAUUCUCAAGGCCGUCAAUGCAAAGUCUAUUGAGCGCUUGUCGAUGCAGCACACGUCGUUGGCCGAGGUUCAGCACAUGCUGGGUAUAUCUGACAAGAAGCUCUUCAACACGUCCAUUUCGGUUCGGGAAUCAGAACGGUCAGCGGCCGCUGUUGAGCAGAGUCUAAGCUUGGUGCCAGUUGCGGAAGCUGACCACCACGAGUUUGACCUCACUCUUCAUGUGAGUUUCGACGGGGACUUGCUUGACGCCUCGAUAGAGUACAGGCAGCCAAAUAUAAGCCGUGAAGUUGUCAGGCAAGUUGCCGGCGUAUUGUCUGCUGCGGUCGACUUUUUGCUCCUGGGGAAUUUCGAUUCGGCAUCCGCACAGGUCAACGGUUAUGGUGAAGUCGGCGAGGAAACGUCCAACAGCUUUCACAGGCACCUGGUGGGCAGCGACGAGGCCACGACGACUGCCUUUUGGAAGACCCAAUUCGAGGGCACAACGGGCUCUCACUUUCCGGAGAUUCAGCCGUUUCAACACGGCACAAAAGAGAUCUGGGCAGAGGCCGUCUUCCAUCCGAGCUGUGACAUUGGCGACCUCGAAGACGCUGCCGCCGUCGCAUCCAUAAGAGCUGCCUGGGCACUCUUAGCCUCCAGCCUCGUUGGCUCAACAGAAGCCGUCUUCGGAGCCGUUGUUGAGAGCGCCCUGCUCCCGGUACGCAUCUCGGUCGACAGAAACGACACGAUUGAAUCGUUUCUCCAGGCAAUACAGCAGCAAGAACGCGAUGCGAGGCAAUUCUGCAAGACGGGGUUGGAGAAAAUCCGCCGCAUCGACGACAACUGCGCCUUGGCCUGCGACUUCCAAACCAUCUUGUCCGUGAUUGCUGGGGGCGAUGAUGAGACCACACCACCGCCUGUUCCAUUCGCGAUUCUGGUAACUUACGAGGUCAGACCUGCGGGUUCGCGCGUCACCGUCAGAUACAACACCGCCCUCGUAGGAAAAAGCCAGGUGACGCGGUGGUACAAUCAAUUCACGCAUAUACUUGCUCAGUUCCUGGACCGCUCCUUUCAUGGGAAGAAGCUGGAUGACAUGUCCCUGGUGAACAGUCACGACUUGCUGGACAUCUGCCGCUGGAACUCGGGCGCCGGCUCGGUAAAAGCCGGCCAAUAUGCCGCCGAUCAGCUGAUGGCGCAGCUCCUCAACGUGCACACGUGGAUAGUCGAAACAGACAACCCGCAGAGGCUGGCUCCGAUCGGUGCCGUCGGCGAGCUGUGUCUGGAAAUUUCCAGGGUUGGGACCAAGGGCUUAGACGCGACGUUCCACUCCGAUGCUGCUUCCACUCAGCAGCAAGCUGCAUGGCUCGACCGGGUGGCCGGCCGCAGGGGACACCGCACGGGUUAUCUCGCUCGGUACCACCACCGGGGUUCUCUCCAAGUGCAAGGACGCAAAGACACCGAGGUCACCUUCCGUGGGCGGCGUUUCAACCUGGAAACGGUCGAGAAGCGUGUCCGAGAAACAAUAUCCGCCCUCAAGACGGAGUGGACCCCGGCCGAGGUCGUGGUGGAGCUAGUGCAGACCAAAGACGGUGAGGGGAAGAUUCUCGCAGCGUUCGUUUCCACGGACCGUGCGAGCGAGGGCCGCGACGAGACGGCUGUGCAGGAAAUCUCGUCCCGCGUCAGACGAGCCCUGGCGCGCGUGGUGCCCGGCGUCAUGAUCCCCGCCGUCCUGAUUCCUUUCGGCCGUGAUGUAUUCGUAGCGGCAGACGACGGCCGCGUAGAUAGACUGGCUCUGCGGCAACACGCGUCCGAACUGACUGUCGCGGAGAUGACGGCGUCGAGCCGCGCGGCUGAGAAGCACGCGCCGUCAGAGGUCGUGGAGAAGCAGAUGCAAGGACUAUGGGCAGAAGCCCUCAGCAUGAAGCCCGAUGAAAUUGACCUCGGGGACAACUUCUUCCGGAUAGGGGGAGAUUCUAUUCUCGCCAUGAAGCUGGUCGGGCUGGCCAGAAAGAGCGGCUUGUUGCUGACGGUGCGGGACGUGUUCAAGCAGCCGGUGUUGCGGGAGCUUUGCUCCUGUUUACCUUUGCCGUGA